AUGCCUCGCGCCUCCCGCUCAGACGUCUCCUACGCUAAGACUGACCUUUCGUAUCCCAUCUUUGCUGCGGACUUCGACCCCUACAAUCGUGGAUAUCUAGUCGUUGGUGGAGGUGGUGGCGAGAGCAGUACUGGUGUCCCUAAUCAAAUUUCGGUCCUGGAUGUCUCCAACCGCGCGCAAAUCACCACCGCCGCCGAGAUCGAUCUCUCUCACGAUGAAGACUCUGUACAGUCUCUCGGCAACCUCGCGACCAAAGACGGCCUGAUCGUGCUCGCCGGUGUCAAUGCUUCUGAGAAAGACCAAGCUGCCGGCAAGAAUGAGCACUUUCGUUCGUUCGAGAUUAAAUACCCCCCUCGGAAGAGACAGAAGACCUAUGCGGAUGCGGAGAAGGAAGUCAAGGGACAGUCGAAGGCACUGGGCAAGCGCUCGCUCUUCAAACCCACCGGGCCAAAGAAUGAGGCAUACCAGCGGAUACUGCGACUUUCCCCCAGCCAGCGACGCGAAUCUGGCAGCAAGAGGAUUGGUGCUGUAGCGACUUCGUUGGCGAAGGAGUCACAGAUCGUCGUCUUCAAUGCUACGAGCGCGAUACCUACGCAGGAGGACAUUCUUACGAGCAUCGACCUUCCUGAACGAGCGGAAGCGAACGAUCUGGAUAGUAUGGAGCCGGCAGAAGCUGUGUUUAGCAUUGCAUACUGUACAGACUACCAUCUCUACGAACAGACCUUCAACUACAAUUUCAGCACGAAGAAAACGGAGAAGACACCUAAAGGCCCACGAAGAGUAGUCGCCACACCUGACUCCUCCGAGAUCAAAGCUCGCUCAAAGUUCCGUUGCCUGCGAUUCCUCAACUCGGAGAAUGUCAUCGCCCUCCUCAACCUGCCGAACAAGAGCGGCGCCGAGCUACGGGUCUUCCACCUCUACCCCACGGGCCCAGCAAUGCUCAUGCAAACCAAGAAGCUCCCCUCACGUAUUAAGCAGGCGUCUUCUAUGGAUGUCUGUGCUCUGGAUACCGACAGUAACGGCAAUCAGCAGUUCGUCCUCGCCAUCGCCGGUGCAGACAUCAGCAUCGAAGUCUACACCACCAACUUCCAAGCCGCUACAUCCACUUUCACGCCCUUCACCUCGUACAUGACCAUGCGGGAUGUCCAUCCCCAGCAGAUGACGAAGAUCUGCUUCUCGCCGUUUCACUCGCCGGCUCGCGCUUCAGAUUCCAACGGCACGGAGCCAGCUACGCAAUACAUUCGCCUCGCCUCCGUCAGCUACGGCAGAACAGUCGUCGUGGAUACUCUGCCCCUCACUCCACUUGAUUCAACGAACACGAAAUCACGCUACGUGCUCGAACAUCCUUCAAACGCGAAAUGGAUGAAGAUCGCCUACGUCUCCGUCUUCUCAAUGAUCGUCCUCGUCACCGCCUUCCUGCUCCAAGCUUUCGGCGCCGGUUUCACCAACGACCAAGCAGUCGGUCCUUUCGGCUUCCUGCCCGCGAACGUGCGGAGCUUUCUCGACGAACCAGCGGCAGCAGCGUACGGCAAGACGAGGGUGGAAGUGGCCACGAGUGCAGUCAAAGCCGCACCAACAGCCGUCGGCCGCCUACAAGCCCGCCUCUCAAAACACUCCAUCACCCCCUCCUCCGCCCCAUCCUCCGGCGCAGCCGAUGGCGAAGGCGAGAAGCAAAAAGCCGUCGUUAUGAGCGCCGCGCCGGAGCAAAUGGGCGGCGUGACCGUGGACAUCCACCCGGACCGCGAGGCCUACAAGCAGAAAGACCCUAAAGCGCGACACUGGCAUGAAUUGAGCGAGGAGCAGAAGGGGAGGUGGAAGGAGAGGCUGAUGCGGGCGGGGGAGUGGGCGGAGGCGGAGGGGGAGAAGGUGUUGUUGGGGGUGUUGUUUAGCGAGUAUGCUGGCUUGGUUGGCGAGGGGGCGGCGGGGAUGAUGAGGGAGCUAUGA